UUGCGUGCUUGCCAUCGUCGGGUUAACGUCGUGUCCAAUUUUAGUUUUUUUUCCCGUGAUGUAGUUUUGUUUGAAUGUUUUUGAGGAGGCAGCGUUUUUUGUACCAUGAGAAAUUAAGACGAGUAAGCAGUGACUCGAUAUGUUCGUGAAUUUUAAGUAGAUGGAUAUGCAGCUGUUCAAUUUAUAGAAAAUAUCUCGAAAAAUAAUCGAUGAUCCUGAAGCAGGUGUGUCCGCCCGCUUACUGUCUCGUAUAAUUAUAUAUGUCGGUUUGAACACAAAAGUGCGCCCUGUUGGGUAUGGUAAUUGAAACGACAUUUGAUUUAAGUCGCGUGUGUUGCAGCAGCCUAAUAUGGAACUGGCCUGACUUUGGCCAAAUUCUUUCUAUUCCUCAAAUUCAAUUCGACGUAUUGGUGUGAAUGUACAAUAAAAUCGAGGUGGUUCCAGCUAGUGUGUAAUUACGCUCGGUCGUUCGGUAAAAUAUUACUGUUUCAUUAAUAAUAACUUCGAGUGAAUGUUUCAAAGCUGUACCAGUGACCAAGAGGGUCUGACAGUGCAUCAGCUUAAGCUCACUCUGGAUACGAUAUGGGAUAUCAUCAAGCCAACAGGGUCUAGUUUGGGGAGAAAUGUGACCUACCGUCCUUGUUUGAAUACAAGCGAAGCCUGUUAUUUAGCAUCGAGUGGAACAAAUGGUCAAUUAAAGACGAUGUAGUUAUACUGUGGAAAAGAAAGUCCGCUACAAAAUGUAGUUAUCUUACGUUAAAAGUUUUACAUCGUGAAAACAAGAUUUCAACCGCAUUCUUCAGUUGCUAGAACCGGCGAACGAUCAUCUCAGCCAGUGUCUGUUGCACAGUGGGUAGACGGGGCAUCGGAAACUAAUAUCGGAGUCAGCCGCAAUUUCGUAGCAUCGCAUAACAUGCUGAGAACAGGCGCGAAAAGUGUGGAAAUGUAGACGAAUAUAAUUGACCCUGAAACGGUUAACUUUUUCCCGCGCCCGGAACUGGAAAAUGCAAAUCCACGUUAACAAAAAAGUGCAUUUUGUGAUAUCGGAAGUAUAAUCAUGCUGCGCAAAAGAAGUGUUAACUUACGCUGAUGAUGAUACCGUUGGUUGAAGCGAGUGGUGGUGUGAGAUAACGUUGAACAUGUCGAUUUUUAUACGUGUGAAGUGAAAAAAACCGGUUGAAUUGUCAUAAACGAUUUAAAAACAACUAUUCAAUUACACGAGAGUUAAUUCAAAUGUGUUCUUCAGCUAAGAUGAAAAUGUCUAAUAUGAACAUUCCAAUUGUGUUAGUCAAAACCAAGCAGUACUUGCAGAAUCAGCACGCCAGAGGCCAUUAUUGCGAAAAUGUAAUUCAUUGGGAAAUAGGACACGAUAAAUGCUGAAACAUAUUCAUUCUGGCCCCGUGUCUGGGCAAAAUCGGUCAGCACGGGGUCUUAAUCGGUCGGGUCAACCACUAAACGUGUCGACAGUAUCGGCUACGUCAGCAACACCAUCCUGUACGAAACAUAUGAACGGAGGGCCUCCAAGAUUGUUGUCUUCAUUCAUCAGACCACUGCCUUCAUUGUCGUCGAAUAGCAAUAACAAUCACAACCUGACCAACAAUAACUCAACUACGAAUAACAACAUCCUGAGUAGUACUGCUGUUAAUGUAAAUAAAAAUAGAUUAGGCGCACGGGAAGCUUUAACGAGCUUAGGAUUACUUUGUUUAGUUUCUCUUUUGCUAGCUUUGUUAUCGUUAAUAUUUUUGUUGAAAAUAUCCCCUGGAGGACGGGAACCUCCUCCGCCAACCGUUGGACCGGCAAUUCUAGAAGACUAUGCGAUCGUUUACGAUGUCACCCUAGCGUUGUGUGCCCUCUCGCUGUCACUCAACUUGUGCUGUCUGCUGGUGUGUGCAAUCCAAUUCCUGUUUGCCGUUAAAUUAGUACGCGCACCUGCAACCACCGGAAGAGGUAACAAGUAUUUACAAAAAUCGAGUGUCAGCCGGGUGUGUGCCGUUGGUGGGUUCUUCAUAUCUAUUCCAAUCUUUUUGACAGGAAUUAUUCUAUACACCUUUACGCAGUUCCACUCGACCCCGGCGAUAGUUACUAGCAUCCUGAUAGGUGUGGGUAUCGUCUUCUGUGGAGGUGCAAUGGUGCACAACGUUUUCGUUUGGCAACGUGAGAAAACGAUAAGCGUGCGUCAAACUCCGCUUAGUUUGAACCUUACACUUUCGCCGCAGAUUAGUACGAUUUCGCAGCCAGCGCAAUAUGCUAACCAAAACGGCCAUUCGACUCAUUUGAGUUUACAUCACUGUCACGCCAAUCAUAACCAUACUCCAGUUACUCAGCUGACCCCCGUAACUCCUCUCUCAGGCAAUCAUUCGCAUAUCAGUUUCAACCAUUCGUAUCUACCCUCGUAUGGGGGCAUUAGAGCUGCAACCGCAACUCCACCAACUCCCAAAGUCAGUGGGUUAGUUGGGAGAGAUGCGAGUGGUUCCGUUAGCCCUGGGAUGCCAGCCAAUCUCAAUACUGCCACGCUUGAUAUUAGCAGCGCAACUGCCACGAACUCGCCACAUGAACUGUCCACACUCGUGUAAGACUGAUUUAAAUUUUCAGAAAAGCAAAAGACAUUUUAAAACAGGAAUGUAUUAAAUAUUCUUCCACUGUAUUCUUAAAAUUUGCUCUAGAAAACUGUUAAACACAAUGUACAAAGUAUCGUAGUAAAAUAUUGUUGGUAAUAACACAUGAAUGUACAGAUUGCCAUGUGAAGAAGGGUACACUCACUAUUUAUUUAUGCUAGUAUAAGUAUAUGAUGUAAUUCUUGCGAUUGUGUAGUAAUUCUAUGAUCAAAGAAAAAAAAAUACUGCAACUGUUUAGCAAUCGGUCAUCGAGGAUGUUUACAAAUGGAGGAAUGCAUGACUGGAAUAAACAUUGUUUUUUAUUAUCAA